AGCUUCCAUCUCCAGAAGUCAGUCCCAGUGCCUCCCUGGUUUCUCUUGUGCCAGAGGAAGGGGCCUUGUCAAGCCCUGCCCCCUUUGCUUCACAUCCUUGAAUUUUUGGCUGUCCUAGUUCACCUCCGGCCUACACUAAAAACGAUGGAUCAUGAAAAACAGGCCAGUUUCUCUCAAAUGCCCAAGUCAAUGUUCAACUAUCCAUGGCUGGAAUAUCGAAACAGGAACAAAAAAUUCAAAAGAGCCAUGGCUCCUGUUCACCUGCCCUUGUCCUGUUACAAGUUGCCAAAGGAGGCAUUUCCCCCAAGUCCAGAGUGCUGGAGGGUUCAUCCAAGCAGGCCAAAAUCAACCCCUGUCUUCUAUACUAAGAAGCCUGAACUCUUCAUACAUUGGCGCACCCUGUAUGAUCAACGCAAGGAACGGGAAUCACAGAAGGUGUUUUGGAAAAGGAGAACGCUCCCAAGGUACUUCAAAGACAGUGCCCAAAUACAAAACCUCCAUGUCUCUAUCAGCAACUUGACUUUAAAACCUAAGUUGGGACCCAGGUUGUUAGAUCCCACCAAGGACCCUCUGAAGUUGCAAAGAAUAAAGGAACUCACAAACAGCCUGAAAUCUCCAAGAGAGGAUGAACAGUGCUAUGCAGCCUAUGCUUUAGGCCAUCUGGGCAUCAAUAGCAAGUUUGUCAUAGAAGCGCUGUGGCAGGUGGCUCAAACUGGUUCAGCAAAAGUGAAGGAUGAGGCCUAUAGAGCCCUGGCUAUCCUAGGCUGCUUGAAUAAGUCUGUGAUCCGGGCUCUCAUCAAACAGUUGAAGAAACAAAAUCAGAGUCAAAGGAUAGAGACCCUGAUGGGGCUACGAGUAGCUCUGAACUCCUGGGCUGCUGUGCGGAAUAGCAAGAGACCUGAAGUUGGAAACGAGGAAGAGCUGGUGUCUGUGCUGCAGAAGCUGACAGACAAGUCAUUGAACGAAGUGUCUUUAGAGGCAGCCCUGUGCUUAGGUUUCCUGAGGCCUAGCAACAGCAUGGUACAAGAGUUCUUGCUGCAAUUUCUGUGCCAAGGGCCUAUGUCUCAGAGGAUGAAGGCACUUAGGAUGCUGGUCAAGAUGAUGAAUGUUCACUCAGCUGCGGUCACCAGGGCCAUUCUGGAACAACUACACUCUGAUGUCCUUAACGAUCGCUUUGAAGCUACCCAGAUGCUCAAGACCAUUGGGCUGGAAAAGAUCCAGGCACAGGGGCUGGAGGAACUCACAUUUGACCUGCUCAAGAGGAAGAUACACAAUGACCCCUUCCUAGCAAUGAGGCAGGCUGUGUCUGAAACAGCAGAAGUUCUCAAGAUGAAGCCUUUAAUAAUGAAGCUGAUGGAGGCGCAACUGAUGAGUCCAGAUGCCAGUGACCGCCAGGAAGCAAUCAUCUCUUUAGGUGCCCUGGGGAUCCGUAACCAACAGGUAUUCCACUUGCUGCUGGACAUGCUAGAUGCAGAAGAGACCCAGGCUGUGAAGAAGAGUAUACAAGAAACAUUACUUGUUUGGGCCUCAAGCAACCCCUGGGUACAAAAAAAGCUGCAGAACAAGGUUUUCUUUGUGUAUGACGUACCUAAAACUGUGAAGGUAGAGCCUACAAGGUUCAGGAAGGAGCCUGAGGACCUAGAUGACUUAUGUAUCAAAGACUUUCGACGUGCUAAGCUGAGCCCCUUGUUCAUCACAAAGUCCUGCAACAAGCAAGGCGAAAAGCAAGAGGCACCUGCUUUCUCAUUCUAUUUCUCCAAACCAAGAAAGCAAAGACCACAGGUCACAGGGCCUUGGGAGCCAAAAAUCAGGGAACAACUCCGCAACUUGGUGAGGCCUCAAAAUAGGUUUAAUAUUUGGGCCUAAUUCCUACUCUCUCCUUCAGGAUGGCUUCCUCAUAACUUUCGUUUGUUCUUUCAUGAGUAAAUACUUGUCAUUUUACCUA